CUCUUCCCCCCUCCCUCUCCCCGAGCGUAAGGCCGGCGUGGCCUUGAGCGGCGGCCUCCUCCAAUCAGCCGCCGCCUUCGCCCGACGCCGAAAUGCUUUCCGAGUAGCUUUGUCCCGAGCGGCGCUCCGUCCCGAAAGGCCCAGGCGCGUCAGGUGAGAGGUGAGGCGAGAGUCCUGGACGCGGAGGAGCCGGGCGGCGCUUGAGAGGCGAGCGGCUGAGGGGGCAGCCAUGGCGGCGGCGGCAGGAGCCUACGAGAACUUGAAGCUGCACAUAACGCCAGAAAGGUUUUAUGUGGAAGCUUGUGAUGAUGGAGCCAAUGAUGUACUUUCCAUUGACAGAGUCUCCACAGAGGUCACUCUUACAGUUAAGAAAGAUAUUCCGCCUUCAGCAGUUACCAGGCAAAUAUAUGGCAUUUUGGGGACAAUCCGUCUAGUGGCAGGCACGUAUCUUAUUGUAAUAACAAAAAAGAGAAAAGUAGGUGAAUUUUUCAAUCAUAUUGUUUGGAAAGCAACAGACUUUGACAUCCUCUCUUACAAAAAGACCAUGCUACAUUUAACUGAUAUUCAGUUACAGGACAAUAAAGUCUUUUUAUCAAUGAUUAGCCAUGUAUUGAGUGUGGACGGAUUUUAUUUCUCUACGACAUACGACUUAACGCACACUUUACAACGGUUGGCUAAUACCAGCCCGGAGUUCCAAGAAAUGAGCUUGCUAGAAAGGGCAGAUCCUCGGUUUGUAUGGAAUGGGCACCUCCUUAGAGAAUUCGCUGCUCAGCCUGAGAUCCAUAGGUUUGCCACUCCAGUGAUGCAUGGAUUUAUUAUCAUGCACUCUUGUUCCAUUAAUGGAAAAUAUUUUGACUGGAUUCUUAUUUCCCGAAGAAGUUGUUUCAGAGCAGGCGUGCGCUACUAUGUAAGAGGUAUCGAUUCUGAAGGACACGCGGCAAACUUCGUAGAAACGGAACAGAUAGUACAUUACAAUGGGAGCAAAGCAUCUUUUGUUCAGACACGUGGAUCAAUUCCUUUUUUCUGGUCGCAGAGACCAAACCUCAAAUAUAAACCAAAGCCACAGAUCAGCAAAACAGUAAAUCAUAUGGAUGGCUUCCAAAGACACUUUGACAGUCAGAUUAUUAGCUAUGGAAAGCAAAUAAUUGUUAACCUGGUUAACCAGAAGGGCUCAGAAAAGCCGCUUGAGCAAACGUUUUCAAAAAUGGUAAACAGCUUGGGAAAUGGAAUGGUCAGAUAUGUAGCAUUUGAUUUCCACAAAGAAUGCAGUCAUAUGAGGUGGGAUCGGCUCCAGAUUUUAAUGGAUCAACUAGCUGAACAGCAAGAUGAAUUGAGCUACUUUCUGGUUGAUUCUGAUGGGAAGGUGGUGAUGCAACAAGAAGGGACAUUCCGCAGUAAUUGUAUGGACUGCCUGGACCGGACGAAUGUGAUUCAAAGCCUUCUGGCACGGCGCUCUCUCCAAGCACAACUUCAGAGAUUAGGCGUUUUGCAUGUCGGGCAGAGAAUUGAAGAACAAGCAGAAUUUGAGAAGCUUUAUAAAAACGCAUGGGCCGAUAAUGCGAAUGCAUGUGCCAAACAAUACGCCGGAACGGGUGCCUUAAAGACAGACUACACAAGAACUGGGAAGAGAACUCAGUGGGGCCUCCUGAUGGAUGGUUGGAACUCACUCAUUCGCUACUACAAAAACAACUUUUCUGAUGGAUUUAGACAGGACGCUAUAGAUCUAUUUCUUGGAAACUAUUCGGUGGAUGAAGUCGAUUCUCUCAGUCCUCUUCAUGUGCAGAAAGACUGGAAAUUUUUGGCUUUGCCUAUUAUUAUGGUGGUGGCUUUCUCAAUGUGCAUUAUCUGUUUGCUUAUGGCUGGUGACACCUGGACAGAGACCCUGGCCUACGUGGUUUUCUGGGGAAGCGCAAGCUUUGGAACUCUUGCUAUCAUCCUUUACAACGGCAAGGAUUUUGUAGAUGCGCCCAGGCUGGUUCAGAAGGAGAAGAUGGACUGAAUUUGUGUGUGUGGAAAACAGCUUGGUAGGGAUGGCCCCUCAACCAGUACCUGGAGCCUCUACUGACCUGCUUUCCACACAAGCUCAUGGUCUUUUUUUCUUUUUAGCUUUCAUCUUUGCAGGGUGAAAAAUUGAAUCGAACUUACUACUUGGUGGAGGGGAUUCGCCGUUUUGAUUCUAUAGUCACAAUGAUCUUAGGAGUAUUGCAUUUACUGGAGAGCUUGCACACAAGGAUUAAGAGAUGAAAGCCAGUUUGCACCGUGGUCCCACAGGGUGUUAACUGGAUUCACAAAAAUGGUGUGCCAAGCUUCACAACCCAUGAAUGUAGUAUUGUAAAAUCUUUUGAGAUGUCUCAGCCUUCUU